AUGAUUUGUGUUCAGGCUGGAAUGGACGAGCUGCGUCGGCAGGUUCAUGAGCACCGCUGCGUGGUAGCUGCUUUGGACGCCUCGCAGCAUCAACGCCUCUCAAAUAUCCUGGCUCAGGGUGAUCUACUCACAAAUAAUGUUCAUUUAGCGGAAAAGGUGCAGAAUAAGUGCCGAAUGUUAGUACAGAGGUUAGUUAAAUUGUAA